CUUCUGUCACAAAAAAUGUAAACAAAAUAAAGUUAACCGUUACUUUGGUACUUUUGCUAAGAUUCCAAUGUAUCUUAAAUGCGUACAUUUGUGAUAUGAUUAAACAACUUUAAUGGAUCUUUUUAAUGUAGUUCUCUCUUCUUAAACAUUGACUGAAUACAUUUUUUCCUCGGAUGUUUCAAGUUUUUUAAAUGAAUUGCUUGCCGAUAGAAGGGACAUAAUAGUCAGCAAUAAAGGUAUGAAUUCAUAUCAAAAAUAAAAAUGCCUCAAGGAUAAAUUAAUAUAUGAUACAUGACAUUUUUACAAAUCUUAUUUUUUAUUUAAUUCCUUAAUCAAUGAACCCAUUAAAAUAUUAAAAGUUUAUAACAAAAAAAAAACGGUUAAAAACUUAGAUUCACGAAGAUACGAUGUUUGUUUAUCUAAGUAAGAAAAUCGCGAUACCCAACAACUUUCGACUGAACUGUGUCUCAUGGAAUCAAAAACAAGGCUUCAUCGCCGUCGGUGGAGAAGACGGUCUCCUAAAAGUUCUCCGAGUCGAUUCAAAUGCAAGUGGUCCAAGCAGCGGUGGCAAGACUCGAGGUCUUGCAGCAGCCAGCAAUCUCAGUAUGAACCAAACCCUGGAAGGUCACAACGGUCACGUCCAAGUAGUAACAUGGAAUGAAGAAUACAAGAAAUUAACAUCCAGUGAUCAAAACGGCGUCAUAAUCGUCUGGAUGCUCUACAAAGGAUCCUGGUACGAAGAGAUGAUAAACAACAGGAACAAAUCAGUCGUAAAAGGAAUGUCCUGGAGUCUCGAUGGUCAGAGAAUUUGUAUCGUCUACGAGGACGGGGCAGUCAUCGUCGGAUCAGUAGAUGGUAACCGAAUCUGGGGAAAAGAUCUGAAAAACACAGCUCUCUCUGGAGUUCAGUGGUCUCCAGAUGGAAAACUGCUCUUGUUUGGUUUGAAGAACGGCGAGGUUCAUCUUUACGAUAACCAAGGAACUUUCCUCACGAAACUAAACGUCGUUCCCUUGAGCACAGGGCAUCCACAAACCAUAGUCGCGAUUCACUGGUACGAUGGGAAGAAUGGAUACACUGCUCUGGAUUGUCCCACUUUAGCAAUCUGCUACCAAAGUGGCAAAGUCCAACUGACGAAAGAUACUACUGAUGAGAAUCCGAUUGUUCUAGACACUGGAAUGACUGCUGUUUGGUGUGCUUGGAACAGUUACGGAUCUCUACUUGCAGUCACUGGGAUUGUGCCGGCUUUUAACAGUGGAGAAAGCAAGGAAUCAAACGUGAUUCAAUUUUACACGCCUUAUGGUCAACAUAUAAGGACUUGCAAAAUUCCAGGGAGAGAAGUUACUUGCUGUUCCUGGGAAGGAGGAUCGUUGAGAGUUGCUUUGUCUGUGGAUUCGCAUAUUUAUUUUGCAAAUAUAAGACCGAAUUACAAAUGGACUUACUUCAGCAAUACUGUGGUUUUCUCUAACGAAAGAAUUAGCAAGGAUGGUAUCUGCAUAACCUUUUGGAAUACGAGUAAUAAUACUUGUUGUACGAAGUAUGUAAAAUCGUUAAUAUCGAUAGCAGCUCAGGGAGAGCAUUGUCUUCUCGCAGUGAGAAAUUACCCGGUUCAAGGCUCUGAUCAAUUCGUCUUGAUGGUUUGCAACACUAUCGCGACUCCGAUAGAUACGAAAUUCACGGAUUUGGAACCUUUGUGGGUUACAAUGACGAGCAAUGCUGUUGUUGCAGCUUCAAAGAACAAUUUCUUGAUUUGGAACUUCAGAACGCCUAGGAAUUCUGCUUUGAACCAGGGUAGAACUAGGAGAGAUAAAGUCUUCCAUGUGGAUGAUACACCAACAGGAGUGACGGAAGUUAUUCAGGACUUGGAUAAAGAAAGAGCAUUUGAAACUCCGCUUAACACGAAAGCUACAAUGGAUCCGAUUUGUUGUAUUUGUGGGACAGAUAAGGUUCUACUUGUUGGUAGAGAAUCCGGAAUGAUUCAGAGAUAUUCACUUCCUCAAGUAACAUUAACGAAUAGGUACAGCACUUCUUAUAGACCUGCAAAGAUAGCUAUAAACUGCAACUCUUCAAGAGCUUCUAUUAUGGACACUUCUGGCGUUUUGACGAUGUUAGAGUUAGAGCCUCAAAAAAAUUUCGACGCAGAGGAAGAAGAAGACGUCAGUAAAUUCGAGAGAAAGGAUGUCUGGGCGAUGUGUUGGGCAGAAGACAAUCCUUUACUGAUUGCAAUUAUGGAGAAAACGAGGAUGUACGUGAUUAGAGGAUUGGAUCCUGAAGAACCAAUUUCUUGUUCUGGUUAUAUUUGCUCCUUCCACGAUUUAGAAAUACGCUGUAUUCUCCUGGAUGAAUUGGUUCAAAAGCCAGAAGACACACGCCCUGAAUUAAUCGUUGAUUUAGAAGUAAAAUCGCUAAGAGAUACAAGAGAACUACUAGCCAAGGUGGGUUUGAAAGAAGCAAAUAAUUUUAUCCAAGAUAAUCCUCAUCCUCGACUUUGGCGCUUGCUGGCAGAGUCAGCUUUAAAGGAUUUGGAUUUGGAAACUGCAGAAAAUGCGAUGGUUCGUUGCACAGAUUAUUUGGGGAUUCAGUUUAUCAAACGCCUCAGAAAUGUUCAUAAUGAUCAGCUAAAGAAGGCAGAGAUCGCAGCUUUUUUGGGUAACUAUGAUGAGGCAGAGAGAUUAUAUUUGGAUUUGGACAGAAGAGAUUUGGCCAUUAACUUGCGACAAAAGCUCGGUGACUACUUCAGAGUGGUUCAAUUGAUGAAGAUGGGUAUUGGUGGUUCUGACAAACAGAUGGAGCACGCUUUUAAUAAAAUCGGUGAUUAUUUUGCCGAGAGGCAGAAUUGGGAAGGUGCAAAGGAGUAUUAUGAAAAGGGGAGGAAUCUCGAGAAGUUAAUAGAGUGCUACUACAAACUGGAGGAUUAUCAUGAACUUGCCGCUACUGUGGAUCAGCUUCCUGACAAGAGUCCUAUUUUAAAAGGAGUCGCAAGAAUGUUGGCAUCGGUUGGAAUGUGUUCUCAGGCUGUGGAAGCUUAUAUUAAAUAUGGAGACGUGAAACAAGCGGUAGAUACCUGUGUGCGUUUGAAUCACUGGGACCAAGCUGUUGAUCUAGCAAAGACUUACAAAAUGGUACAGAUUGGAGAACUACUAAAUAAGUAUGCUAAUCAUCUUUUAUCUAAUGGGAAAAGAUUACAGGCUAUUGAGCUUUACAAAAAGGCAAAUCAUCAUCUCGAAGCAGCGAAGCUAUUGAUGAAACUUGCAGAAGAACAAGCAAAAGGUAGAACCAAUCCUCUGAGAGUGAAAAAGACUUUUGUUCUUGCAGCUUUGCUUAUUGAAGAUCAUAUAAACAGUACCCCUAUCGCUAAAGGAACAAGAAGCAACAUCAUCAUGGGACUUGCGGAAAGUAAUGAAGACACCAGGGUUAUCGAAACUGCUUGGAGAGGUGCGGAGGCCUAUCAUUUUUUGCUGCUUGCUCACAGGCAACUUUAUGAAGGCAAUUAUGAUGCAGCUAUGAAAACUUCAUUGAGACUUCGAGAAUAUGAAGAUUUUUUGGAAACAGAAGAUAUCUAUUGUUUGUUGGCUCUGUCAAGUUGCCUUAACCAGGCUUAUGCUACAUGUUCGAAGGCUUUGAUAAAACUUGAGGCACUGGAGAACAUUUCGGACACGAAACGAGAAGAGUAUGAAGAACUGGCUUUGAACAUUUUUAUGAAACAUAAUCCUAAGGACACAAAAAAUACGAAAGCUGAGUGCGUCAGUUGUGAGAGCCUAAUUCCUGAUUGGUGCGUCGCUUGUCCUAACUGUAUGACUAGAUUUCCGGCUUGUGUUGUUUCUGGUAAACCUAUUAUGGAUUCUAGUACUUCAUGGAGUUGUACGGUUUGUAAACAUCAUUCGGCUUCUGAGAGGGAUGUUGUUAACAUCAGAGCUUGUCCUUUAUGUCAUAGUACUAUCACUUAUAUGUAAUUUAGAUUGACACGCACGAAUAUUGUAUAAAAUUCAGUUUUAUAUUUGAGGCACACUAAUCUUAUUCAAAAUUCAUGAUUUUGAAAGUCGAAGAUUUUUUAAAUGUGAAACUGUUUUAGUUUCUUGGUGGAUAAGUUUGAUUUAAUCAAAAUAAUUUUAUUAAGAAGAUGUUGAGAGAGUCGAUGUUGUUUGUCUGAGUGAUAUAGUUAUUUUAUAAAAUUACUUAAUAUAAGGUGUUGAAUGACAUACUUAAGACCAAUAGAAAGGAAUCCAAGUUGUUGAAGAUCACUUAUUUGUUGUCAACCUUUCGAAAGCACUCAGGUGUUCCUCAUCACGACAGAGUCAUUAAAAUAAAAAGUUCCAAUUCAGUUAUAGAUUAAGUAUAUGAAGUUUGUAUUUCUCCUGUUUCCCAUUGUUCAUUAGCUUUCAAUCAUUUUGAAUCAUUAUUAAAUGGAGAAAUCAUCUUGUGUGAAUUGUUAGUUUCACUUAAAAACUUGUUAAAACUUAUAAGAAUAGUGAUAAAAUUUGCUAAGCAUUUAUGUAAAUAGGAAGACAUUGUCCUCAUCACUUUCCUUUUAAAUUUUUACAAGUUUUUAAGUGAAACUAACAAUUCACACAAGAUAUCUCCAUUUAAUAAUUAUUCGAAAUGAUUGAAACCUAAUAAACAAUGGGAAAGAGGAGAAAUAGAAACUUCAUAUACUUGAGCUAUAAUUAAUUGAAUUGAAAUUCUUUCUGUUAAUGAUUCUGUCCUGGUGAGAAAGCCCUGAGUGUUUUCGAAACGUUGGCAACAAAAUAAAGGAUCUUCAGCAACUUGAAUUCCUUUCUUUUGGCCAGAAGUAUAUCAUUCAAAACCUUAUAUUGAAUAAUUUUAUGAAAGUGUUAAAAUUAACUAUUGUAGGAUCCUUAAAAGUAGUUUUUAUUUUCUCGCAGUUAAAUUGUAUUUUUUAUUAUUAUUACACCAUUAAGCCAUUUCCCUUUCGGGGUAGGCGUGACUCACUCGGCAGGGGAAAGGAGUAG